AAUUCAUCAAAUUCCGAUCGAAUAUAUCUCUCAUUGUUUUACAAGAUACCUAUAUAUAUCUAAGGCAAUAGUCAACAUCCCCUACCAAAAAUGAGUCAACAUCAUGCAAUUUCAGGUCUAGUUGGGAAGCUUGUAACUGAGUCAGAGGUUAAUUGCGAUGCUGAUGAAUACUAAAAAAUUUGGAAAAACCAUGAAGAAGUACCUACCGCAUCCCCACAUGUUUUUGACGUCAAAGUUAUGGAAGGACAUGGAACGACUUCGGAUUGUAUCAAGCAAUGGAACAUCACUGUUGCGGGUCAAAACGAAUGUAACGUUGAGAAGACAACAUACAACGAUGAAACAAGGACCAUAUAUCACAAUAACAUCGAUGGAGAUAUUGUGAAGAAAUACAAGAAGUUUGAUGUAAUUCUUGUAGUCACACCCAAGGCCAACGGACUUGGUAGUAUCGUGAACUGGACUAUUGAAUAUGAGAAGACUAACGAGGAUUCUCCGGGUCCAAUUUACUGGCUAGGUUUCUUACAAUCGCUAAUCGAGGACGUGGACUCUCACAUUUGCACUUCUCAAUAAAUUCCCAUGGGUGGUUGGUAAUAUCGAUCGGUAUACAUCUGACAACAGUCUGUCAGGUUCCUGUGCGUAUGACGUUUGUAUCAUAAUAUAUGGUAUGUGGAUCUACCACAAUCUAAAUGAUGUGCAUGGGCACACGUUUGGUUUGUACGUCUUUUCUUUAAGGCGUUAAUUAAAAUAUAAGCCGAAGUUAUUCGAGGGGUCUUUAGGCUCCGGGUACAAUAUUAAUAAAA